AUGAAUAACAGAGGAUUCCAGUUUGCAAUUGAUAGAGGUGGUACAUUUACUGAUGUAUUUGCAAAAUGCCCUAAUGGCAAAGUGAGGGUUAUGAAACUACUGUCUGUAGAUCCACAAAAUUAUAAUGAUGCACCACGAGAAGCUAUAAGGAGGAUAUUGCAAGAGGAAACAGGAAAUGCCCUAGACAAAGAUGGAAAAGUGAACUCCACACUAAUUGAAUCAAUAAGAAUGGGUACAACAGUGGCUACAAAUGCCCUGCUAGAGAGGAAAGGAGCGAAGAUGGCACUUGUUAUCAAUAAAGGUUUUAAAGAUUUGCUACUUAUUGGAAAUCAGGCUCGGCCAAAUAUAUUUCAAUUAAACAUAAAACGACCCGAAGUUCUUUAUAAAGAAGUAGUAGAGGUUGAUUGUCGUGUGAUACCAGCGUUAGAAGAGCGCUGUCAAAUUGACAAAUCCAAACAAAACUGGAAAGAAGUACAGGGUACCACAGGUCAAAAGAUGCUGGUCAUAAGAGAUAUAGACGAGGAAGCGGUAAAGAAAGAUCUAGCCGCCUUAAGAGAGAAAGGGAUAGAUAGUAUUGCGGUUGUUCUUGCUCAUAGCUAUAACUAUCAGGAACAUGAAGUGACAAUUGGCAAGAUUGCAAGCAAUUUAGGUUUCUCUCAGAUAUCUCUAUCUCACUCUGUGACGUCCAUGGUGCGCCUAGUGCCUCGGGGCUACACGGCCAGUGCUGACGCAUAUCUGACCCCGCAUAUAAGGGAAUAUGUGAGAGGUUUUUCUGAAGGAUUCACCGAUAAUUUGAAAAAUUCAAAUGUCUUAUUCAUGCAGUCCGAUGGCGGAUUGACUCCUAUGAAUUUAUUUAACGGGUCUCGUGCAAUAUUAUCAGGCCCUGCUGGUGGAGUUGUUGGUUAUGCUUUGACUUCAUACCAGAGAGAUACAAAUCUACCUGUCAUUGGUUUCGACAUGGGCGGGACGUCUACGGACGUAUCUCGUUACGCGGGUACGUUGGAACACGUACACGAAGCUACUACGGCCGGAGUGACCAUACAGGCGCCUCAGUUAGAUAUAAACACAGUGGCUGCAGGUGGUGGAUCAAUGCUGUUCUUUAGAUCGGGGUUAUUCGCAGCGGGUCCGGAGUCUGCGGGUGCGCAUCCCGGACCGGCUUGUUACCGCAAGAAUGGACCGCUCACAGUCACGGAUGCCAAUUUAUUACUUGGCCGACUUUUGCCAGAGUAUUUCCCCAAGAUCUUUGGAACCAAUGAAAACGAGUCGUUGGAUAAAGAGGCCACAACGAAAGCUUUUACAAAUAUGACGCAUGACAUCAAUAACUUCUUAAAACAAGAUGGCGGCAAAGAGAUGACUAUGGAGGAGGUGGCAAUGGGCUUUCUGAAUGUGGCAAACGAGGCCAUGUGUAGACCUAUCAGAGCGCUAACAACCGCCCGUGGUUAUGAUGCCCGUUCGCACGCUCUGUCGUGUUUCGGAGGCGCUGGAGGUCAGCACGCAUGCGCUGUCGCCAAACAACUCGGCAUUACUACUGUACUUGUCCAUAAAUAUGCUGGUAUCCUAUCAGCGUACGGCAUGGCUUUAGCCGAUGUGGUACAAGAAGCGCAGAACCCGUGUGCCCUGGUGUACGCUCCGAAUAAUUUCGCCGAGCUGGAUAGACAACUGGAAGUGUUAGCUGGUGUCUGUAAGAGCAAGUUAAAGGAACAGGGUUUCAAGGACUCCCAAAUAGUGCUGGAGCCCUACUUGCAUCUCCGGUACUCUGGUACUGAUUGUGCUUUAAUGGUAUCCCCGAGUACCGGGGACUCCCCGCAUACAACUAGACAUGGGGACUUCUAUACUUCUUUUAUUAACAGGUACAAGAAAGAAUUUGGCUUCACUCUAACAGAGCGGGAUGUUUUGGUGGAUGAUGUAAGGGUCCGUGGGAUCGGUAGAAGUCAAGUUUUAGAAGAGAACGCGCCACCUAACGGUAAAGGGACGCCACCGUUUGAGAAGACUGUGAAAGUUUACUUCGAAGGCGGCUAUCAAGAGACUUCUGUGUAUUUGUUGGAGAAGCUCCAACCAGGCCAGGACGUCCUCGGUCCCGCUAUCAUUAUGGACAGUCUGUCCACUAUAUUAGUCGAGCCUGACUGCCGAGCCACUAUAACGAAAUACGGCGACAUCCGUAUAACGAUCGGCGAGGGCAAACGGAAGGAAGUGUCGACGGACUGCGACUCGGUCCAACUGAGUAUAUUUUCUCAUAGAUUUAUGUCCAUCGCUGAACAAAUGGGGAGGGUGUUACAAAGGACGUCAAUAUCGGUGAAUAUAAAGGAGCGUUUGGAUUUCUCGUGCGCACUGUUCGGCCCCGACGGAGGCCUAGUGUCGAACGCGCCACAUAUUCCCGUACAUUUGGGAGCCAUGCAGGAAACUGUGCAGUACCAGAUGAAAGUCCGCGGUGACUCAAUGAAGCCAGGCGACGUGUUUCUCGCGAAUCACCCGAAGGCCGGGGGUUCUCAUCUCCCAGAUUUAACUGUUAUAACGCCUGUUUUCCACAAUUCCAAAAAACCGAUAUUCUUCGUGGCGUCCCGUGGCCAUCACGCAGAUAUAGGGGGUUUGACUCCCGGCUCUAUGCCUCCCCACUCCACCAGUCUCGCUCACGAGGGAGCAGCUUUCAAGUCCAUGUUAUUGGUCGACGGAGGGAAAUUUAAUGAAGAAGAAUUGGUCAGAGAGCUGAUGAAACCUGGGGAAGUACCAGGUUGUUCGGGUACGAGGAAUCUAACUGAUAAUUUAUCGGAUUUAAAGGCGCAGGUAGCGGCCAAUCAGAGGGGGAUCCAAUUAGUCGGUGAGCUGAUAGACGAGUACACUCUUCCAGUGGUACAGGCGUACAUGGCGCACAUACAGAAGAACGCUGAAUUGGCAGUUAGGGAUAUGCUAAGGGAAAUUGCUAGAAAAUCUCUAAAAAACACGGGAACAAAAAUAUUAAAGGCCACCGAACACAUGGAUAAUGGCAGUCCAAUAGUACUCACGGUCACCCUUGAUGAAGACCAGGGAUCAGCUAUUUGUGAUUUUACGGGAACUGGUAUAGAGGUUUGGGGUAAUCUCAAUGCCCCGAGAGCAAUAACUCUGUCUGCUAUCAUCUACUGCUUGAGGUGUAUGGUGGGACAUGAUGUACCACUUAAUCAGGGUUGCCUGAAUCCUGUGAAAGUGAUAAUUCCGGCAAACUCAAUUCUCGACCCUUCGGAGGAAGCGGCUGUUGUGGGCGGAAAUGUGCUGACGUCGCAACGGGUCGUCGAUGUUGUGUUGAAGGCUUUUCAGGUGUGUGCGGCAUCUCAAGGCUGUAUGAACAACUUGACAGUAGGGGAGAGUGAUUGGGGCUAUUACGAGACUGUGGCGGGGGGAAGUGGGGCGGGUCCAUCCUGGCACGGGACGGGUGGUGUACAUACACACAUGACGAACACUCGAAUCACGGACGUGGAAAUUGUGGAGACGAGAUAUCCCAUUCUGGUCACGGCGUUCUCCUUGAGACCCAAUUCUGGGGGUUUGGGUGUGUUCUGUGGAGGUGAUGGGGUGGUUAGAGAGCUAGUGUUCAGAAGGACUGUACAACUCUCUGCUCUCACCGAGAGAAGAGUUUUUCAACCAUAUGGGAUUAAUGGUGGUUCAUCUGGAGCCGUGGGUCUGAACCUGCUGCAGAGAGCUGGCGGAAGACUUAUUAAUCUCGGAGGAAAGGCGUCCAUAGAGGCUUAUCCUGGGGAUAAAUACAUCAUGCACUCUCCCGGUGGAGGUGGCUUCGGAAAUGGCCUCAAACGGACAAACGAAGAAACUGUUCAGUCCCAACAAAUGUUCCAGGAAAGAGGAAGCGUCUUCGAAUACCGGAAUGCGCAGGAGUCUACGUAG